AUGCCUUCCCCGCCCAACAAACCCACGCUGCCACAGGUCACUGGACAAGCUACUUCGCAACUUAGUGAGCUCAGUUUCCUCAGUUUCGUGAUCUUGAGAACUGUUAAAACAGUUUGGUUCAGUACCCUGUUGGAAGCGGAGCUCAGAAAGGGAAAUCAUCAAUACAGGCAUUGCACGGCUACAACUCUAGCAACAUGUAUAGCGGCAUUGGAAGCAGACCCACCAACUCACGUUUUUGUCGUCUUCGACGAUGCCGUGGAUAAUAUCGACUAUACCGUGGAUGAUAUCGACGAUGCCGUGGAUGGUAUCGAGGACACCACCCCACGCGAGAUAAAGCCUCUAGACACUGUCACGAAGUCAUCCAUCCUAGAGUUCUGCGCCGAUCGGAAGAUCCAUUGCACAUUCUUCAGUAACGGAAACUUCUAUCGACACGAUGAGAGAAACUGUUUCUACGACAGUGGUUUCAAAGAAGACGCCGAGCCAAACUUCGAACUGCAUCCAAUCUCUCGUACUACAUAUGAUUUUCAACAAUAUCUAGCACGCAAGCACGAAAAAGACGCCCUCGUUCUACGCCUUCGUUCACCUAUUUGGGAUAAUUUUAAUGGCUUUCUUGAUAAGUUUGAGCGCGCGCGCAACAAGCAUAACAGUUGGUCGGUUUUGCACGAUGUCCUACCUGCUGCAGUCUUUUUAGCAAGACAUGAAGUGACAGGCACAUUCAACUUCACUAACCCGGGUACAACUACAUCCUACAACGCGCUGGUUCUGUUACGGGACGAAUUUAAUCCCAAAAUGAGUUUCACGAUGCCACCAGAUAUAAACCCGAAGGAUGCCAAGGCGGUCUACAGGAGUGAUUGCAAACUGGAUAUGACCAAGCUGCAAGAUGCUCUUAAAAUUCGGGGGUAUCCGGAUAUCCCUGGGAUAGAAGAGGCUCUUCGGAACUGUUGUAAAAGAAUGAAGAGUAGUAAAAUAGGCCCAUGA